GAAUGCAAGUAAAUUAGCUGAGUUGGUUAAGACGGAAGGCCUUAUUUAUAAGAAAGGAAAAUUUUCCGCCAUUGAGGACCAACAGUUAAAGACAGCCAUUGAAAACUUUCGCAUUGAGAAGAAUCUAACCCACGAACAGGUUGGCGAAAUCAUCUUCCAGAAAAACGAAAAGGGAAAAGAUAAUGCAUUUUGGUCUGAAAUUAGUAGGUCUUCGUGUCAUGCGUCACUUUUGAAUGGUGAAUGCUGUGUAUCAUCACGUUCGCAGGUUGUUCCACCCCAUGAAGCAGCAGGGAAAAUGGAUGCCUACUGAGGAUGCCCUAUUGAAACAAGCUGUCGCCGACAUCGGUCAACAAUGGGAAAGGGUUAGUGAACGUGUUGGGCGAAUGUCGUCUGACUGUCGUGAUCGGUAUCGGAAUCACAUUGCAAACCGGGACGUACGUGUAACGGGUGCGUGGACGAAGGAGGAGGAGGAAGAGCUUACAAGGAUUGUCAGCGAGAUGACAAUACAACAAGGCAAAGAUAUAGACAAUGAUGUAUUUUGGGGCAAAGUAAGCGAGAGAAUGUUGAACACAAGAGGCAGACAGCAGUGCCGCAUAAAAUGGACCGACUCCCUUAGCAAAACAGUGAAAAAUGAGGGGCAGAAACCGCGAUGGAGCCCACAAGAUGCCUUCAUAUUAGUGCAUAAAGUUGAUUCGCUGAACGUCCGAGAUGACACUGAAAUCGACUGGAAGACACUACCUGAUACGGAUUGGAACCUCUGGAGUGCACAUUCAUUGCAGCGGCGGUGGUUAACCAUGAAGCGAAGUAUCAAAGGUUUCGAGGACAUGACGCAUCAAGAGAUUAUGGAUAUCCUAAGGGUUAAAAAAGCUCAAUUACCAGCUCCUUCCUCUACUCGCAAACGAAAAGUUACUAGCGCAGCUAAUGUGCAUGAUCCAGAAGCCAGUGGCAGCAUAGAUUCUGACGUCGCCGGGUACCCCGAACCAGGUGAAGCAGGCCCAAGUGCUAGACCUGAAGCGACGCAUGAACAGCAGGCAUUUUCACCUGGUCAAGAUGGAUCUGGUUCUCAUCAUAUACCAGGAGAUCCUCACUGAGGACUGCUAUGUAGCCCUGGAUGCAAUACAUAUAGACUCUUGCUGCUACC